AAACCCAAAAUAAAUCUCUCUUCUUCCUUAAUUUUUCUUCAAACACCAAACAAGCCCUGCUGAUUCCUCCAUUUUCUUCUGCAAAAUCGAAGUUUGCCCUAUUAUUUUUCUUCUUUUUCCCACUGUUCGCAGUUUGCUAGGUCACAGAAUUAUUCGGCGCUAUGGCUGCUAGAGCUGAAGAACCAAUCAAUGAGCAAGCAGUUGCCAAUGUCUACAGUUCCAUGAGGUCUGAGAUCACCCAGAUUUACUCUAAAAUUACGGAACUAGAAAUGGAAGUUAGUGAGCACUCACUCGUGAUCAAUGCUAUACAACCACUUGAUCCUGCAAGGCGGUGUUAUAGGAUGAUUGGAGGUGUUCUUGUUGAGAGAACCAUCAAGGAGGUCCUUCCUGCUGUUCAACGCAAUAAGGAGGGAAUUGAGGAAGUGAUAGCGCGACUGAAUGAAGCGUUGGAGAAAAAGAAAAAGGAGAUUUCAGACUUUGAGGCCAAGUAUAAAAUUAGAAUCAGAAAACCUGAUGAAGUAAAGGAGGAGGGUGCUCGAAAGGAAGGCUCUGCACAAGGAGUCCUUGUUGGUCCUGCUGGUUCAAAUGAAUAGACCUGUCUAGUUUUCAACUUCCAUUUUGAGGUACUUUGUUGAAUAUGGUCAAGGAACUAAAGUACUUUAUCAUCAUCUUUAGUGUGUGAUCUAUCAUGUUCAUUUAUUUUUCGUGCCUUGGCGGUAUUUUAACCAGACGAUCGAUCGUGACAUUUUGGAAACCUUAAUUUUAUCUCCUCGAACAUUAGUCAAGUGUUUCUUACCUGCUGAGACUUGUGGCUUUUUGUGCUUUGGCUAUGGAUUGUAAUUUUUUUAGGUUGUUGGAGUACAAUUUUAGACGUCUGAAUCUAAUUAUUUUCUCAUGGUA